CUCCAUCCUAUUUAUCCCCUCGCUUCUCCUUUCGUUCUUGUCUUCUCUCAUGCCUGUCUUCUCCCAUCUUCAUCCCCCAAACCACCCUCACCAUGAGUAAAGGCAAGCUCACCGGCGCCGCCGUCGCCGAACACAACUCCAAGGACUCUUGUUGGGUCAUUGUCCACGGCAAGGCCUAUGAUGUGACCGACUUCCUACCUGAACACCCCGGUGGCCAAAAGAUCAUCCUCAAGUAUGCCGGCAAGGAUGCGACCGAGGAGUUCGACCCCAUCCACCCCCCCGACACCCUCGACAAAUACCUCGACCAAUCCAAGCAUCUCGGUGAAGUCGACAUGACCACCGUCGAACAGGAGGAAAAGACGGCCGAUCCGGAGGAAGUGGAGCGCCAGGAGCGCAUCAAGUGCAUGCCGUCCCUGGCUGCCUGCUAUAACCUCAUGGACUUUGAGACCGUCGCCCGGAGCGUCAUGAAGAAGACCGCCUGGGCCUACUACUCCAGCGGUGCCGACGAUGAAAUCACCAUGCGUGAAAACCACUCCGCCUUCCACAAGAUCUGGUUCCGUCCCCGCGUCCUCGUCGACGUCGAGACCGUCGACUUCUCCACCACCAUGCUAGGCACCAAAGUCUCCGUCCCCUUCUACGUAACCGCCACGGCACUAGGUAAACUCGGCAACCCCGAAGGUGAAGUCGUACUCACGCGCGCCGCCCACACCCACAACGUGAUCCAAAUGAUCCCCACUCUCGCCUCCUGCUCCUUCGACGAGAUCGUCGACGCCCGCCAAGGCGACCAAGUCCAAUGGCUGCAACUCUACGUCAACAAAGACCGCAGCAUCACCCAACGCAUCGUCAAACACGCCGAAGCCCGCGGCUGCAAAGGCCUCUUCAUCACCGUCGACGCGCCCCAACUCGGCCGUCGCGAAAAAGACAUGCGGUCCAAAUUCUCCGACGUCGGUUCCAACGUUCAAGCCAGCGGCGGCGACUCCGUCGACCGCUCCCAAGGCGCCGCCCGCGCCAUCUCCUCCUUCAUCGACCCCGCCCUCUCCUGGAAAGACAUCCCCUGGUUCCAAUCCAUCACCACCAUGCCCAUCAUCCUCAAGGGCGUCCAAUGCGUCGAAGACGUCCUGCGCGCCGUCGAAGCCGGCGUCCAGGGCGUCGUCCUCUCCAACCACGGCGGCCGACAGCUCGAAUUCGCCCGCUCCGCUAUCGAAGUCCUCGCCGAAGUCAUGCCCAUUCUCCGCGAACGCGGCUGGGAAAAUAAAAUCGAGAUCUACAUCGACGGCGGCAUCCGUCGCGCCACCGACAUGCUGAAAGCCCUCUGUCUCGGUGCCAAGGGCGUCGGUAUCGGUCGGCCGUUCCUGUACGCCAUGUCCGCGUACGGCCAACCGGGUGUCGAACGCGCCAUGCAGCUCCUCAAGGAUGAAAUGGAAAUGAAUAUGCGGUUGAUUGGUGCCACCAAGAUUGAGGACCUCAAUCCCAGUCUCAUUGAUGUUCGGGGUUUGGUGGGUGGUCAUGCGGCCCCCGUGCCGUUUGAUACGUUGACCGUGGGUGCUUAUGAUCCGCUCCAGGCGCCGCGGUUUAGUGAGAAGGCGAAGCUGUGAUCAUUCAUCCUAUCUCUAUACUAUGAGUGCUGUUGUGGCUGUGGUUCGGGGUUUCUGGAUAGAGUUGGUGCCUGUUUUUUUGGUUUCUUUCUUUCUUCGUUGCUGGUCUGGGAUUUAUGCAUGACCGAUUGUAUAUACUAUACCCCUUUUUUUUAGACUUGGACUAUAUCAGAAGAUGAUUGUAGAUCUAUGAUGUCGCAUAUCCGGAGUACAAUCCU